UAUUUUGACAUGGCCACCAAACAUGUCAAGUGACGAUAUUCAUGUUACAGUUUUAAUGUUUUGAUACCGUCUGGUGUUUACAAUAGCGAGUACUGAACUUACGUGUGAAUUGUUACGAUGCAAGCUGAAGACGCACGGUAUCUGAAAAGGAAGGUGAAAGGUGGCAGUAUCGAUGUCCACCCGACAGAGAAGGCACUGGUGGUCAACUAUGAGUUGGAGGCCACGAUCCUAGGGGAGAUGGGAGAUCCCAUGCUGGGGGAAAGGAAAGAGUGUCAGAAAAUUAUCCGUGUGAAAGGCCUCAACUCCAACAGUGACCUGACGACAUUGUCGAAAGAGAUCAUUGACAAGUGCAAGCUGAUCCACCCGAGCAAGCUGCCUGAGGUUGAGCAAUUGCUGUACUAUCUGCAGAACAGGAAGGAAUCUAGUCCUACAAAAGCGUCUGGGAAAACUAAACUAUCUGACAAACCAGAAGAACCCUCGUUGAAUGAUGGGUGUGAGAUUGAUGAAGUUGCCAACAUCAACGAUGUAGAUGAAUAUCUGGAGCUACUCUAUGAAGAUGUCCCUGACAAGAUUCGAGGGUCGGCACUCAUACUGCAGCUGUCUCGAAACCCAGACAACUUGGAGGAACUUUUUAAAAAUGAGACUGUGAUCGGUGCUCUGGCACGAGUCCUGCGAGAGGACUGGAAGAAGAGCACGGAGGUGGCCACCAACAUCAUCUAUACAUUCUUUUGCUUCUCAAGCUUCUCCCAGUUCCACGGCGUCAUCCUCCACUUCAAGAUCGGGGCCCUCUCCAUGGCCAUUGUGGAACAUGAGCUCAAGAAGUAUGGUAUCUGGACUGAGGAACUUCAGAAGAAGAGGGCAGCUGCUGACCCUAAAUCCUACAAGCUGAAGGAAGACUAUGAGAAGAGCUUCCGCAAGUUUGAAAGUCUGGUGAAGAGACAGGAGCAGCUACUGCGAGUUGCGUACUACCUGUUGUUGAACCUGGCGGAGGAUCUGAAGGUGGAGAUGAAGAUGAAGAACAAGGGAAUCGUCCGCAUGCUGGUCAAGACUCUGGAGAGGUCCAACUUUGAACUCCUCAUUCUCGUCGUCUCUUUCCUCAAGAAGAUGAGCAUCUUCAUUGAGAACAAGAAGGAGAUGGCGGAGCAAAACAUCAUCGAGAAGCUGACGAAGCUGGUGCCAUGUGACCACGAGGACCUGCUCAACAUCACCCUCCGUCUCCUCCUAAACCUCUCAUUCGACACCGACUGUCGUAGCAAGAUGAUCAAGUUCGGUCUGCUCCCCAAACUUGUGGGUCUGCUCAACAAUGAAAACCACAAGAUGAUUGUGCUCUGCAUACUCUACCACAUCAGUAUGGAAGAGAAAGCCAAGUCCAUGUUCACCUACACUGACUGUAUUCCAAUGGUGAUGAAGCUGCUGUUGGAGAGCCCCGAGAACCCCGACCCAGAACUCAUUGCUCUGUGUGUAAACCUGGCAGCUAAUAAGAGGACAGCCGCACUCAUCUGUGAAGGUAACGGGCUGCGGAUGUUGAUGAAACGAGCGGCCAAGUUUAAGGAUCCACUUGUGAUGAAGAUGAUCAGAAACAUAUCUCAGCAUGAUGGGGCAACAAAGAACCUAUUUGUGGAAUACAUCGGAGACUUGUGCGAGGCUGUUUUAGCACAUGGUGGUGAUGACGACUAUCAGUUAGAAUGUCUGGGAAUUCUGGGUAAUCUGACAAUCAUCGACCUGGACUAUGAGUUGAUACUGAAGGAGUACCAGCUGGUGCCGUGGAUCAAGACUAAACUGCAGCCAGGCGCUGCAGAGGAUGACGUUGUCCUGGAGGUGAUCAUUCUAGUGGGGACGGUGUGUCAGGAUGACGCAUGUGCCCGUAUGCUGGCCCAGGCCAAUAUCAUACAGCUGUUGAUCGAACUACUGAAUGCCAAGCAGGAGGAUGAUGAAGUGGUGUGUCAGAUUGUGUACGUCUUCUACCAGAUGAUCUUCCAUGCAAUCACGCGAGAGAUCAUCAUCCGAGACACACAAGCCCCAGCCUAUCUAAUUGACCUGAUGCAUGACAAGAACUCUGAAAUCCGCAAAGUGUGUGAUAACACCCUCGACAUGAUCUCAGAGUACGAUGAGGAAUGGGCCAAAAAUUCAGAUGGAGAAGUUCGAUGGCACAACUCACAGUGGCUGGAGAUGGUGGAGACUCGGCAGCUUGAAGACUUCAAUGAGCAGUAUCUGUACCAGGAGGAUGGCUACGAUCCGUAUAUACAGGACACCGACAUCCUAGACAGACCAGAGCUGUUCUACGGUAAUGGAGAUGGUUAUGAUCAUGCCAUGAUGAUGGAAGGGCACCUGACACCAGAAUACAUCGAUGAUGGCGGCAUGUACAACGGCAAAGUCGACUACUACAGGGGAUACGGGGCUGAUGGAGAGUAUGAACCAUAUGCACGUCCGGAGUCAAACAUUGGGUUUGUGGAUGAUGGUCAAAAUGGGGAUGAGUACGGCCGUGGAAUUGAGACCUACGGGGGCUGCAUGGUGGACCAAUAUGGCAACUACAUCAACGGCGACAUGGACCAGUACGGCUACACGAAUGGAAUGAGAUAACCACAUUGAAAUCUACAUUGUACACUGAUGUAAAUAGGGUAUUUUUGUUCUUGAUUUCUAUGAGGGAAGAGUAAUGAUGCUUAUGCAAAUGUCAAGAUAGAAUUAUUACUUACAACGUUUAAACAAUAUUUGUUCAAAAUACUUAAGGUUAUCUAAAAGACUGUGUGAUCUAAGCUGUUGUAGUCUCAUGGCACACUGAAAAUUGAUUUGAUCUCAAAGUUACAUUGGUUCUCAAUUUAACACCUGGCCUUAAUUUAUCACUGUGUAGAUUUUAUGCACUGAAAUUAAAUUUGCCAAAAGUUCGUGUGAAAGAGUGUCUGAAAGAAAUAUACCCCUUAGUAUUUAUUAAGGGGCUGUGGUAUGUACAUUGGUAUGGCCUUAUGGUAUAAAGCAGAAAGCCCCAGUUUGUGAUUUCAUCUAUCAGUGUUACAAGCCAGUGUGGAGUAAAAUAUAUUUUGGUCUUAUUAUAUCCACAAGUUCAGGCUUUUGAACUAUUACUCUGAUGAACCAAUGAGUAUACCAUCAUUUUUCAUUGUCAGCUCCCUAAGGAGUAAGUUACUCAAUCUUCCCUCAUAGUGAUCUACUGUUAUCUUGUUUCUGUGGCGAAGAUUUCAGUCAGCAUGUACAGUAUGUAAAUAUUCCAUGUGGCAGAGCUCCAGUGUGUACUGGAGUUACUGCCUGUCGUAUACCGUAUUCAACCCAAUGUUCACCCCAGUGUCGAACAACUUGAUCUGAUCUGUCAAUAUCUCUCUCAUGGUUGGUCUCUCCAAGGUUGCAAACAUCUGAGACAUGCAUCACUUUGGGCUUUGCCCUUUUCAAAUCAUCUUCAACUCACUCACUCAUACACCCGAAAUAGCUGAACUACUGCUGGCUGUUAAAACAAUCCACCCCGUCCUAGGUGGAGUGCUCAGUUCGAUAGGUCUCAUUCAUGAUUUUGGAUGAAUAUGGUAUAUGUUUUCUAAAACCUCUCUGUCUGUACUCCGUCAGUUUAUGGGUGAACAUCGAGGCAUCACUGCUUUGUGUGAUUGAACCUAUGCGAGACAAGUUUGUAAUGAUGUCCUUCUACCACGACAUUGGGUGCAUGUUCUGUGAUAUCUCAUUUUCUCCUCAGUUACAGUCACUCUGUUCUAGGGUUGUCAUGGUUACAGUCUACUGUCACUGUGUUCUAGGGUUGUCAUGGUUAAAGUCUACUGUAACUGUGUUCUAGGGUUGUCAUGGUUACAGUCUCCUGUAACUGUGUUCUAGGGUUGUCAUGGUUAAAGUCUACUGUAGCUGUGUUCUAGGGUUGUCAUGGUUACAGUCUACUGUUACUGCAAAAAUCUUUGGUUGUCAUGGUUACAGUCUAUUGUAACUGUUUAUCAUAGUUGUCUCGGUUACAGUAAAGUGUGAUUGUCUGCUCGGGUUGUGAAGGUUGUGGAUUAGUGUCUCUGUCUCCAAGAGUUGUCAUGGUUACCAGUUAGUGUUACUGUCUCUACUGGAAUUGUUAUGGUUACAGACAAAUGUCACUGUCAAGUUGUAAUGUUUGUCAGGCACUAACAGUCUCCUUUUGGAGGGGGACACAUCUAUAACAGUUAAUGCAUAUUGAAGAAUUAAUGUCACAUAUUUGUUGUUAAAGACAUUGGAGACAUGAUUGUGAAAGUGGUGAGAAGGUACCUGACAUCCCUAGACAAACAGUGGAGUAUUAUUGAACUGGGGGAGAAUCUUUAUGGUCAUUGAUAUAUCCGUCCAGUUAUUUACAUGUCUCUAGUUUAUACUUUUUGCUUCAGCAGUUUAGCUGAUAGAGUUUAUUUAUUCUGUGUUUAUUGUGAAGCCUGAAGCUGUGCAUGUGCGACUUGUUGUUUGCUUGACUUGAACGCAUGCUUGAUUCCAAAGCGGGUAAACAGUUUUUUAAAAGGGGGGAUGGGGUGCGCUUAGAAUGAGUGGAAAUUGUUCAUUGAAAGAAAAUGUGUUUGUUACCUUCAAAAUUGUCAAUUAAUUGUUAUAUUUAUUGAAAUGUCACUUGCUGAUUUCAUAUUCAUGUGUUAUAUGUCAGCCACAUUAUUGAACAUUAUACAGGGUUUGUGUGCUCCCCUGAUCUGACUCUGCAUGAUACUGUACGUGCUUUGAAGGAAACACUUUGUGUGCAUGUAACUGUUCGUGCUUUGAAGGAAACACUUUGUGUGCAUGUAACUGUUCGUGCUUUGAAGGAAACACUUUGUGUGCAUGUAACUGUUCGUGCUUUGAAGGAAACACUUUGUAUGCAUGAUACUGUACGUGCUUUGAAGGAAACACUUCGUGUGCAUGUUACUGUUCGUGCUUUGAAGGAAACACUUUGUAUGCAUGAUACUGUACGUGCUUUGAAGGAAACACUUUGUGUGCAUGUUACUAUAUGUGCUUUGAAGGAAACACUUUGUGUGCAUGUAACUGUUCGUGCUUUGAAGGAAACACUUUGUAUGCAUGAUACUGUACAUGCUUUGAAGGAAACACUUCGUGUGCAUGUUACUGUUCGUGCUUUGAAGGAAACACUUUGUAUGCAUGAUACUGUACGUGCUUUGACGGAAACACUUUGUGUGCAUGUUACUGUAUGUGCUUUGAAGGAAACACUUCGUGUGCAUGAUACUGUACAUGCUUUGAAGGAAACACUUCGUGUGCAUGUUACUGUACAUGCUUUGAAGGAAACACUUUGUGUGCAUGAUACUGUACGUGCUUUGAAGGAAACACUUUGUGUGCAUGUUACUGUAUGUGCUUUGACGGAAACACUUUGUGUGCAUGUUACUGUACGUGCUAUGAAGGAAACACUUUGUGUGCAUGUUACUGUACAUGCUUUGAAGGAAACACUUCGUGUGCAUGUUACUGUACGUGCUUUGAAGGAAACACUUCGUGUGCAUGUUAGUGUACAUGCCUUGAAGGAAACUUUUUGUGUGCAUGUUACUGUAUGUGUUUUGAAGGAUACGCUACAUGUGCAUAGAAGGAAAUGCUUCAUGUGCAUGUUACUGUACAUGCUUUGAAGGAAACGCUUCCUGUGUGUUUACAAAUAUGUUGUAGAUUGAGUGAUGAGGGCUUGUCCUGUUUGUGACACAUGAAACAACAUGCAAUGGUUUACAAAUUGUGUGUACACAUAAUCUGUCAUUGUAUAGUCUUGUUUAUGUCAAUGUAAUUGACAAUUUGUAAAUUAAUGUUUGGAUAUUUAUGAAAUGGCUGGACAGUGUAAAACCGAGAUGUGUAUGAAUGUCACGGUGUGUAUUGGCGAGUGUUUGUGUUGGUGUGUGAGAAGUGAAUCUGUGUGUGCAUGAUGGGGCAGAUAUUUGCAAACAUCAUUAUUGAUGUCACUCAUCCCAUUAUAAUAAAUCAAAACAUAAUUC